AAUUGCGUGUUGCCAAGAUCUCGGCGAUGGACUUCGAGCGGCGGCUCGCCGACAUGGACUGGCGGCUCGUCGACGCCUUCGACCUGCAGCACAUUGACACGGUGCUACUGCAGGAGAUGGUGCCAUCGGUCACGUACGGCCUCGUGACCGAGGCCAUGUGCGCGUCGCCGCGGCUCGCCUGCAAGCUCAUUUGCAUCCUGCAGCUCUUGCUCGAAAUGUUCAUUGGCUGCCGAAAGCACGACGCGUACGAUGUGCAAUUGCUCCAAGACGACCUCUCGAGUGCGCUGCGCGACCGAGAUGGGUACCGCUUGCGGCUAAAGGAGGCGCUUACAGACACAAAGGCACUCAAGGUCCAGCUCGCGCGAACAACGACCUUGCUCAAGAGCUGCGGCCACGUCUUGCAUGCCCACGGGUGCUCGCCGCACGCCAUUGCUGCGCUCGAAGCGCUUUUGGCUACGCCAUUGACAGCCAACGCCGAUGCUACCGUCAAGGUGGCGCACCUCUGCGCGUUCUGCGGCAAGGCGUUUGGCACACAAGACUACCUCUUAAAGCACCUCGAGCGCCGUCAUCCGGGCGGCACGGUCGAUGCAGCGUCACCGGAAGAAGAGGAACCGACGGUCAUGUACGCCAAGCCAACGACGACACGGAGCAAGCCAUCCUUGCCCGACUACCAAGCCAUUCUGAGCAAGCUCGAGACGAUGCUUUCGCAGCACGAAGUGUCGAUACGCGCGGUCGCGGCCGACGAGACGGCCAAGCUACAGGCGAUGCAGACCGAGAUGCACCUCGAGAGCGGUAUCAAAACGGAGCUGCACGUCGCGCGCGCCGCUGUCAAUGCGCGGCUGGACGACGCCCAGCGUCACUUGGCCCACAUUCUGGAGGAGCGUGACGACGCCAUGAAACAACUCUUGGAGCUCAAAGACGAGAUUGCGCUGCUCAAACAAAAGCAAGCGAUGCAACCAGCACCCCCGCGUGUCGACGUUGUCGUGCCCGACGUCAAGGACCGGCUGACGAUCGAGCGGCUGCAGGCCAUCGUCGAGCACUCCAAGGACGCCCUUGCGAUCGCGCGGGACGACUUGAAAACGACACACGACAAGUACGCCGACUUGCUCGUGGCGCACGAGCGCACGAAAUUCGAGCUCGCAGCUGUUGAGAAAGACCUGAUGCAUGCGCGACAACCGCCGACUCCAGUGCCAACAGCGUCCGUCAUGUGUCAAACCAACUCUGCAGCAGACACAAAGGACGCGGCGGCGCAAACCGCACCUCCGCCCGAGCCGCAGAGGAUCGAAGUACCCAUCGUGCCCGAGCAAGUCCACGUUCUACCAGCGAUGGCGGCGCCUGCCGUUCAAGCCACACCUGCAGCUGUGGAAGUGGCGCACACCGGUGUACAAACCGACGCCGUACUGAUCGACGCUCCAUUCGAACCGCAAGCGGUGCCCGAAGCAGCGCGCGUCGAGGUCGUGUCCGAGCCCGUCGUAUCCGAGCCGACACCACGUCCAAGCGUCCGGCUUCCGCCCGAGCUCGUUGCCGUGCACAUCGAAGACGUUUUGGCGCAGGUUCUGGCGCGUGCCGAGAGACCGGAUGCGAAGCCGGCCACUCUCGCACGCAACCAUGAGCUGGCGCGUCGUCCGUUCCUCAAGAGCGUCUGGCCUCAUAGCGCGGCAGCAGUCGAGUCGCGCAUCAAAGAGCACUUGGCGACGCUGGACCAAACGUGCGAGCGCUACGGCGUGAGUCGGUUAGCGACCAAACUGAGUCAUUCGCAGCACGCGCUCGCGACGACGGCGCUCAAGGCCCACUUGCACGCAAUGCCGGUGGCCGUGUUGCAGAAAAUGGUGGCCAUCGAUACGACGGCCGAAGCACUCGUGACCUCCGAGUGGAUCCCAAAUGAAGCGUCGCGGCAGACGGCAUUGGCCGCGAUCAAGACGCGCAUGGACGAGCAAGAUGCGACGCAAACCCACUGGGUCAUGCGGAUUCUUGAGAAGAAGACGUCGCCCGAUGCCCCACCCGCGACGACGACGACGCUCACAAAAGUACUUCGACGUCCGCCACCAGUCGACAUGGCGACCACCGACAAGUCUGACGCGGUGCACGCACCACCGACAACGCACAUGCUCGUUGACGCUAUCGACGCAUCGAGCUUGCCAACCGAGCGACACCACGAGUCAACCGUGGUAACUCUGGAGAGUGCGCACAUACACGACGAAGAUGUGCCCGUGUCGGCGGUGUCCCAAGAGCCAAAGUCAGUGACGUCGACGGCAUCGGCCAUCUCGCUCGACCCAGCACCGACUCUGAUCCUAUCACGAGUCAGCCCCCACGAAGUGGAAGCAUCUGCGUCCGCUAUGCCAGAACCAAGGGCGGCCACGCCAGCGCACCCUGGGCUCGAUACUGCUGAGACCACGGAAGCGCCACCGGCGGAGGCGCCAAAGGCGGGUCACGUCAUCUCUGUGGGGCGUAAAGCGGCGCCGCGCGAAGAGGAAAGAGACGAGACACGCAGCGGUGUUCAUACCCCGCCGCCGAUCAUCGCAGCGCUGGGGAUCUCUCGGGACGAAGCGCCUGUCACGGAUGCUCCGAGGACAAACGAUGACGAGACGACAGAUAUUGCAAGCCGAGCUGCGCCGCGCUCCAACGAGGAUACUGUCAUCACAACACCUUUUAUCUCUGACACCACGCCAACAGAAGGCGUCUUUGGCAACGACAGCGACGAUCUCGAAGCAUUGCACGAGCUGAAUCAAGAUGCCGACGUGGAGGAUGAGGACGGUAACGACGACAGCGAAGAUCGCAAUACUCUUCAGGACGUCGAUCGGUCGCCCACCGAGGACACGCCAGCCCAGAGACCGAAGGAAGUAAAAGCGUCGAGCAGUCCUCCUUCCCUGCAGCAGGAUGGCGGUGGCACGUAUCGAUACGCUGUAGCGUCCGUCGAUGACAUGCCCGACGACGACGACAUCCAAGAGCUCGACAUUAGCGACAGCAUGGUAUCGACGCAACCUCGCACAAGCGUCUUGUCGGGCGACAUCUCGGGCGACGAAGAUGAACCAGUGAUUCCAACCAUCGACGAGGACACACCACUCGUUGAAGAACACCACGAUGACGACGACGCGUCUCCGAUUGAGGCCGCAAAAGACGCCGACUCGGAAGACGAGGUGACUCCAGCUCCAGAUCGAGGCGACGUCUCGAUGACAAGUGUGGACGAUCCCCAAACUGGAUCUGGCCACGACGAGACGCCAACCACACCCAUCGUUGAGACGUCCACGUUCCAAGCCAGCAGUGUGCUUUCGUCCAUAGAGUCGAUCCCAGAUGACUCGGUGGUCGAGAGCUCUGUCCUUGACGCGUCCGUGUUGGAAUCCUCCGUACUUGACGACUCUGUCGCUGACGCCUCUGUCGAGUCCUUUAUUGCUUCAAGCCCCGCUGUUUUGCGCGGGAGAGACAUGGACGACGACACGUACGCGCGGCCAAAGACGGCGCCACGCAUGAGUCUCCGCGACAGCUUGCUUCAGACCAAACAGUCGGCUCCUCCUCGUUCGACGUCGUUUUCCCGCCCGAGCAUCAACCGUUGGGGCCGUGACGAUGACGACGACGACACGCUGCCAGAUGCAACGCCACUGCAGAGUCUGCGGCACAAUGCCACGAUGGACGACGACUUGGAAGAAGAAGAGCUGGCGUAAUCAAACGACACAAAUACUAGACAUCCAGAGAAGCUAGGUCGCCGACGAUGUCGCGCGGAGGCAGUACGUGCACCAGUAGUAGCUUGAGCGCGACCCCAAGACCUUCGUUGGUCUUGGCGCUUACUGGGAAGCAGUCGAGUCGCACUUGCUCGUGC